AUGGCAGCAUCUCUGCUUCUCAGACAUUCGUCAGCUGUCUUCUUCUGCCAGUCUUCUUCCCUCUUCUUAGCCAAGAACAACCCUUCUCGUUCAUUCACUUCCAUCAAGAUGGAAAGAGGUGAAGCAAGUGAAGAAACUGCAGCGAAGACGACGAAGAAGGUGUUUGUCGCCGGAGCCACUGGAAAAACAGGGAAGAGGAUUGUGGAGCAGUUGUUGUCCCGUGGCUUCGCCGUCAAAGCCGGUGUUCGCGAUGUGGAGAAAGCAAAGACAUCUUUCAAAGACGACCCGUCUCUUCAGUUCGUUAGAGCAGACGUGACAGAAGGUCCUGAGAAGCUAGCUGAAGCUAUAGGUGAUGACUCUCAGGCUGUGAUUUGUGCUACUGGGUUUCGUCCCGGGUUCGAUCUCUUCGCUCCUUGGAAGACUGAUAAUUUCGGGACGGUGAAUCUGGUGGAUGCGUGCCGUAAACAAGGAGUUGAUAGGUUUGUUCUUAUAAGCUCAAUCUUGGUGAAUGGAGCUGCGAUGGGACAGAUUCUGAACCCGGCUUACAUCUUCCUCAACGUCUUUGGACUCACUCUGGUCGCAAAGCUUCAAGCCGAGAAGUAUAUCAAAAGAUCCGGCAUUAACUACACCAUAGUAAGGCCCGGUGGUCUUAAAAACGAUCCUCCAACAGGAAACGUAGUCAUGGAGCCAGAGGAUACUCUGUCUGCAGGGAGCAUAUCGAGAGACCAGGUCGCAGAAGUUGCCGUGGAAGCUUUACUUCAUGAGGAAUCAUCUUUCAAGGUUGUGGAGAUCGUUGCUCGUCCCGAUGCUCCAAAACUUUCCUACAAAGAUCUCUUUGCGUCUGUUAAAGGAGUUUAA